CAGCUUGCUUUUACAUGUAAAUUUUUUCCUCCAUAAGAUAAGAACUCUCGUCGUCCCCUUUUUUUUUCUUCAUUUUCAAGCGGGCAAUGUCUUUCAGAGGAGCAAAUGCAUCAUCUGGCAUGGGAGUGGCUGAAAACAGCAAAAGCACGUACCUGGAGCUGCAGAGGAAGAAGGUGUUCCGAUAUGUGAUCUUUAAGAUUGAUGAGAAGAAAAAGGAGGUUGUAGUUGAAAAGACUGGAGGUCCAUCCGAGAGCUACGAUGAUUUCACUGCCUCGUUGCCCGAGGCUGAUUGCCGCUAUGCAGUUUAUGACUUUGAUUUCGUGACUUCUGAGAACUGCCAGAAGAGCAAGAUCUUUUUUAUUGCAUGGUCUCCUUCUGUUUCAAAGAUCCGUUCCAAGAUGCUCUAUGCAACAUCCAAGGACCGGUUCAGAAGGGAAUUACAGGGCAUUCAUUAUGAAAUCCAGGCAACCGACCCAACCGAGAUGGAUCUUGAGGUGAUUAGGGAGCGUGCACGUUAGGUGUUGAAUCCCGUCAUUGGUUUUGCAUGCUUAGGGAGCUCCCUUGCUUAAAUUAGUGAUUAACUAAGUGAAGCUGUCUACCAUAUGUUCUUAAGUGUAUAAU